AUGGUUAUCGGCACUGUUCCACUAGACACGACUAUAGAACGGCCCCUCUUCCAGAUCAUCUCCGCCUCACAAAUGCUUGUCCCCGGCAUAGAUGGAGCUCUUACCGUUAAGUAUCGGGAACAUGGCCUCGUCGUAACUCAAGCGAAAGAGGUGCCCCAGCUGAUUUCCUCCAACCUGGAGGCAUGCUUGGCCAAAACUUUCAGCUCAGCCACCAACAGCGACGUCGUCAAGGACUGGAACUCCAUUUUCUGGGCCGUGCAUCUCGGAUACACACAGGUUUUUGACCGGGUGGAAAAGACGCUUGGGUUGAGCAAAGAGAGGCUAAGAGCUUCGAGGCACGUGCGAGAAGAGUACGGGAACAUGGCAAGUGCCACCGUGGUGUUCAUUCUAGAUGAGCUAAGGAAUAAGUCGAUGAAGGAAGGCAUGGCCACCACCGGAGAGGUGCUCUUAGGGUUUGGCCCCGGCAUCACCAUCGAGACUGUCGUUUUGCGAAGUGUGCCCCUACAGGCGGUGGCGAAGUCACAUCCUUUCCCUGUUUGA